AUGGAGCGCGAUAAACGACCAACAGGAGAACAUCUCGAGGGUGAAGAUGUGGGCAUGAUAGAGAUUGAUGAGGAGCCUGACUAUGAACUCGAUCUGGAGAUGGUUCCCUGUGUGGCAGCUGAAACCAUAGAGUUGGAGGACAUAGAGGAGGAGCCAGAUCAACUUAAAGGUGAUUGCUGCUUGCCAGGCAUCACUGUAGAUGAAGAAGAGAAUCAUGAGGUUGAGGAAGAGGGGCGUGCGUCUUGGCGCCCGGGGCUGGAUGUGGGGGGCUUUGUCACGCGUCGGCAAGGUCUUGAUGAGCAAGGGCAGAUUCUCCUGACGAAUGUGUACACAAACCUGUCCAAGCUUCCCAAGGAGCUUCUCCGGCAGAUCAUUUCGCAUUUUCCCACCGAAACGGAAGAAGUUAGGCAUUGGUCAAUGCAGCCCAUGCCCGCCCAGAUGAUCACUAUGUCUUGUCGGUGGCUAGGCCAAUCCUUGCGCCAAAGGGUCCUCACAAUGGUGGGGGGUGACGGCGCCGUGGCGCGGGGAGGCCCUGAGAUGAAACACGUUAGCACAGGCGAGUCCAUGACGCGGAUCGCUCAAAAUAUUCUGGUCAACUAUCGCAAGUACGCUGUGGGGCUGCACGCCAAAGCGCAAAUGGGCUUGGCUGCGGCAGCUCACUUCUUGAAGCAGCUGCAGAGCAAUUAUGCAGGUUAUUGGGGUGAGAUCGGCCUUUGCAAGCCUGUACGGCAAUUCUAUGAUGACGUUGUUCGUGUUUGGGAUUUUCCUUUCCUUCUGCAAAAUAGGCAAGAGCACUCAUUGCUGGCAUGUUUGCAUGCUUUUGGCGCUUUGUUGCACAAGCGCAUCAGCCUCCAAUUGAAGGUCUCUCAAUUUGAGGGCAUCGGGCCACGGGAUGAUUGGAUCAUCGAGGAAGUGGCGAGCGCCUUGAUGGACGCAGGAAACAUGGUCUUGGAGCCUCACAUGCUUGAAGCUCAGAUGGGCCUCCAUCAAAAUUUCCACGUGGAGACCUUGAGCUGUGAAAGUGUGGAGUCCUGGUAUUUUCGGGGCUGCGCUUUGCAGUUGUCCAGAGGCUGUUUUUGCAUUGUCAUCCGCGCCGACAUGGCACGACAAGAAGAAAUUCUGGCAGAUCUGAAGAGUGGCAAAGUAGCAGGGCAUCAUAUCUUGCGUGACCCCCAGCUCCUCAAAACCGCAGACAAAGAGGACAAACCGCUCAUGGACACGAAGGGUUUGGUGCUCAUUGGAGAUGGCUUCCAAUAUUUGUCUGCGAUGCGGACGUUGAAAGAUAUUUGGAUGAAAGAGGGGGAUUCAAGCCAAUUCCAUGCCAAAUUGGUUGAGAGCUUUGAGCUGGGUGUCGUCGUGGAUUGGGCCCAUGAUGAGGAAAGCAACCGAUUCCGGCCAUCGAGCUUGUCUUCGAAGCUGGGUGUGGUCGACAGGGCAGUUCAGCGAGCCCCUGGCGGCGACAUUGAGAAAGCAAAGGCGUUUGAGGUUGUCCCUCAAACGUACAUCUUCGACUGUGCGUUUUUGAUGGGCGAUGGUGCUAAAUCAAAGCAGCGCCUACCUCCAGAGCUUGCCAUUCGGGCCUUGGAUCUUCCGUUUGCAAUGGGGCGCAUCGAAAUUGUGGAAGAGCCUGCUGCUGAUGGACCACACCACAUGAUUGGCAUUUGUGAGGAAAAUCUCAUUGACAUUUGUGACGAAAACGUGGCGGUAGAGGCAGGUGAGGCUGCCGCAAUCGCUGCUGAUAUAGAGAUGCACCCAACGCCUAGUGAGCCUUUUUCUCUUGCCAGCAGCAAGUUGUCUCGGAAAGCAAAGGUUCAAAGGCAGCGGCUUACCAAGAAGAGAGGCCGCUCGCCGCCCCCAACUAGGUCUGCUGAGGAAGUCGACGCAGAGUUCCGCAAUCUGGCUUCUCGAGGUAUCUCGUCCCCACUUCAGAAGUAG